AUGGAGAUGCACAUCAAUGCAGCCUCUCCAAAUAACGGAGCGGAAGGUUUGGCUCUGCUUAGUGUCAUCCCAGUUGAUGGGAUGCUUGUCAAUCCAAAUGUGUCAAAAACAAGCCGGGAAUACAUCCGUGGCAGAGCAGAAGUUGCCACUGGCACAGUGGGUGGGGUCUCACUGUGUUUUGGGUUUUUGGGGCCCUGUUCCCAAUUUAUUUCCCUGUUGGCAGCAAAACCAUGCUGGGGUCUCACUUUGCUUCGGGCUUUUCCCUCUGCAGGACAACAUCUGCUCUCCCAGCCCUUGCAGACAGACCAGCAGCAAACUGAGCCCUGCCACCACCCCAAGCAACCGCAGCGGCGCAAACCCCGUGUUUUGUUCUCCCAAACUCAGGUGUCAGAAUUGGAGCGGCGAUUCAAGCAGCAGAAAUACCUCUCUGCUCUGGAAAGGGAACACCUGGCCAACGUGCUCCAGCUCACAUCCACCCAGGUGAAAAUCUGGUUCCAGAACCGGCGUUACAAAUGCAAGAGGCAGCGGCAGGAUAGAUCCCUGGAGAUGGCCACCUACCCACUGCCACCACGUAGAGUGGCUGUUCCCGUGCUGGUCAGAGAUGGCAAGCCUUGUUUUGGGGGAUCCCAACCCCACCUGGCUCCUUAUGGGGUCACCGUCAGCCCCUACUCUUAUAGCACCUACUAUGGUGCCUAUGGGGUGAGCUAUGGGGUGGGAUAUACUGGGGUGCUCACACCAUGAGAUUGGGCUCAGCACCAGUUGGGAUGUGGCUCAGGAAAGGGAUGGGGGCAUCUGGAGCCGUAAUGGACAGCAGGAUGUGGUGCUCCAUCCCCACCGACCAGCCCAAGGAAAGGGAUUUCUGGUGCUUCAGAUCUGGGGACUUCAGGACCAGGGACAUUUAUUUAUUAGGACACAAACACAGAUUCUAUCCCAUCCCACCCUAUAGGGAUGCUCCUGUGGGAUGCUUAGGGAUGGGAUGCUGCUCUUCUUCCUAAGGAAACAGGGUCUGUGCACACCAUUGUGCCUUUGCCUUUCCAUGAACACUCUAUUUAAGGCUUUGAGUUCUUCUCAUCUUUUGGGAUAUCUGUAUUUCUUAAUGACUUACCAGCACAGGUGUUCAUUUUUGUC